AUGAUAUCCAACUCUCUUCCAUCUUUUUCCCUACCCUUUUCGUGGGGGCUGAUAUGCACAGUGGGUUUCGUGGGAUAUUGGAUCGUAUGGAUCAUCUACGCAAGAUGUUUUCACCCACUUGCCAAAUACCCAGGGCCCUUUCUGGCCUCCAUCUCUCGAUCAUGGAUUAUGAUGCAGGUUAUACGAGCCAAGGCUGAGAAGACACAGCAAGACUUACAUGCAAAAUUUGGUCCCGUUAUUCGAAUUGCCCCCAACGAAGUUGCUAUUGCAGACCCACAAGCUAUCAAAACAAUAUACUCGAUUAAUUCAGGCUUCACCAAGCCAACCGCUAACGUAUUUGCAGCCAGGUACCCGGAUUCAUUCACCUCUUUGGACGAGCGAGUACAUGCGAGCCGUCGCAAGAUUGUCAAUAACCUAUACUCCAUGUCGAACAUUGUAAGAGCGGAAGAAGGCAUCGAUUCAUGCAACGACAUGUUCAUGGCGCGGAUGACGGAGUUUUCCAAUACGGGAGAAAUCAUCGACAUGUCGAAAUGGGCUCAGAUGUAUGCAUUCGAUGUUGUCGGCCAGCUCUUCUUCAGCCGCAUGUUCGGGUUCAUGAAAGACAAGAGCGACUACCGUGGCUACAUUCGGUCCCUUGACUUACUCAUCCCCAUACUAACAACAGCUUGCGUCUUACCAACUUACAUUCGUCCUCUGUUCCUCUUCGGCACUGUGUCAAUGCCAGGCGUUUACAAGGCGAUGGGGAGCUUAAAGCAGAUUGAAGCCGCUGCUGAAUCAAGUGUUGCUGAGAGAAAGAGCCUUAUCGAGAACGGAGAUGUCUCCGAGAAGAAGGAUAUUCUCUCAAGUCUGUUCGAAAUUGUUCGCGAAAAGGGCGAAAAGGUGGACUUUGGAAUGACUGAGGUGCAGGUCGAAGUUUGGGGUGCCCUGUUUGCUGGGUCAGAUACCACGGCCGCCGCUAUCUCGUCCAUCUUAUAUCACCUUAUGAAGAACCCUGCAGCGUAUCGCAAGCUGAGAGACGAGAUUGACGAGGCAACCAAGUCUGGUCAGCUCAGCUCCCCACAUGUGCGAUACAGCGAAGCUAUGCAGCUACAAUAUUUGGUUGCGUGCUGCAAGGAAGGGAUGAGAGUGCACCCAAGCGUUGGAUUGACUCUACCACGGCAUGUUCCCCAAGGCGGGUGCAGCAUCUCAGGGCAUUGGUUUCCAGAAGGGACCAGGGUAGGCGUUAAUGCCGCCGUUGUUCAUCUCGACAAGAGCAUUUUCGGCCAUGACGCGCACUUGUUCAAUCCAGACCGAUGGUUCCGUGGCGAUGCAGUGAACAUGGAUCGAUACAUGUUUCAGUUCGGUGGCGGGUCAAGGACAUGCAUUGGAAAGAACAUUUCAUUGUGUGAAAUACACAAGCUGGUCCCCCAACUUAUUCGGUCCUUUGACCUCGAACUUACAAUCGAAGAAUGGGAGACACAUAACUUUUGGUUCAACAAACCUAGCAAUGUCAAUGUUAGAUUGAGAUCUAGGCACGCCACCAAUUGA